CAAUUCCACGGGGACUGUUCACGAUCUAGAGUCUUCCAAUCCAGGAAACCUCCAGAGUCCUCACUUUUUUCUCCCGCUGCUCUUUAUUUUUCUGUCGCACAUUCAGCUUGACACUAACCCCAUCUCUGAAAUCAACAAUCUUGCAAUCUCCUUAGUCUUCGUCUGAAUCACCAACGUGGAUGGCGAAAUACGGCGAGGGCGACAAGCGGUGGAUCGUGGAGGACAGACCUGACGGCGCCAACGUCCACAAUUGGCACUGGGCAGAGACCGACUGCCUUCCGUGGUCUCGAAAUUUCUUCGAUAAAGCACUAUCCAAUCUCACUGUCCUUGACGGCGAAGGUAACCUCUAUAUCAAGACUACGAAGGUGGACAAGGUCGACGGUGAGGCUUAUGUUAAUGUACGGAAGGGAAAGAUCAUACCUGGGUAUGAAAUUAGUGUUGUUUUGUCUUGGGAGGGAGAGGCCAAGGAUGCAGAGGGGCAGAGCUUGUUGAAGGUGGAGGGGACGGUUGAGGUGCCGUAUAUAGCGGAUGAGAAUGCGGAUGAAGAUCCAGAACUCAGGGUGACUGUUAAGGACGAGGGUCCUGUCGGGAAACGGCUGAAGGAUGCCAUGGUUGCGAAAGGUAAGCCCUUGAUUUUUCAGAAGGUAAGGGAGUAUGUUGCAGCCAUGGCAAAAGGGGGACCUGCAAAGGAUGAUUUGGAGGCAAAAAAGGUGGCACCAAAGAAUGGUAAUAACCAAUCUGGGGGUACACCUUCGAAGGAGGUAGUGGUGGAGAAGGAAGUGAAGAAGGAGGUCAAGAAGGAGAAAAAGGGGUUUAAGACGAUUACCUUGACGGAGAGGUUUAGUUGCCGUGCAAAGGAUUUAUAUGAGAUACUGAUGGAUGAGACUAGGUGGAAAGGGUUUACGCAGAGUAAUGCAAGGAUUAGUAAGGAGGUAGGUGGGCAAUUUAUGAUUUUUGAUGGAUCAGUGACAGGAACAAACUUGGAGUUGCAAGAUGGGAAGUUGAUUGUGCAGAAGUGGAGGUUUGGGAGCUGGCCUGAUGGGAUUGACUCAACGGUAAGACUUACUUUUGAUGAGCCUGAACCUGGAGUUACUGCUGUCAAGCUGACACAUACUGAUGUUCCUGAAGAGGACAGAUAUGGGAAUGCAACUGUGGUGGAGAACACGGAGAGAGGAUGGAGGGAUCUUAUUUUCCACAAGAUACGGGCAGGCUUUGGUUUUGGAAUAUGAUUUAUUUUAUUUCUAAUCAAGGAACAAUUUUUUUUUUUUUCUAGACUGUAGAAUUUUAUCAAGUUUUCUUUCUUUAAGACAUUGUUGUCUAGAAAAUAUGUGCAAUGUGAGUCUGCCUUUGUUGUCUGGGUCCUUUGGUCCAUGUUUUUAAAACUUAAAGUUGGACUAAGUUGGACCUCUCUUACUCAGAUAUUUUACAAUAACCAGCUUUUCUCUUAAACAAGGAAGGUUGACGUUGAUGAAUGUAAUGUGUCUUAAUUGGAUCUUUUCUAUUUUCAUACUGGCAUCAGACUCAUGUCUUCUGGAGCUCUUAAUCCAUGUGGUAACUUCAUCAGUCUAUUUUCACAUUCUGUGAGUUCAAAUGUUGAACAUUGUGUGCAAUAAUGUUGUAUUUGAGUU